AAGUAGUGGUUUAACCAGUCUAACCACUAAAAGCUAUUGCUACUUUAACAUAACUACAUAACUAUCAUCUAUUACCACAACUAAUACAUACCUCCUAAUUAUAUUUUGCCGAACAUAGCCUUCAACUCACUCUCACCAUUAAAAUAAUACAGAGUAAUAAUACUAUUUAAAUAAAUAAAAAAAAUGACGUGGCACCCUAAAUAUCAGUUCAACCCCUUCACCCUUCCUUUGGCAAAUUGCCAGCCACAAACACACACCCUCCACUCUCUUCCUCCACUGAUCAACCUUCAACCAUGGCUGACCUCAGCCGCAUUUCCACCGCCCUCUGCCACCUUUCUCCGCCUCUCCUCCACACUCACUCCUACCACAUCUCCGCCGCCGCCGCCGCCUCCGCCGCAGCUCAGCUACAAUUCGACUACGACGACGACUUCAACCCAACUUCCCCGUCUCCUACACCUGCUACUGCGCUCGGAUCCGAUGCUUCUAGACCUUUCAGAGGUGUACAUUGGGUCUUCAUUGGUAAUCCCUACGCUAAGAAGCAUAUUUAUGCCGACAUGAUCUCGAAGCUUCUCCAUGUUCCUCGUAUUUCCAUCUCUACUCUUCUUCGUCAAGAUCUUAACCCUCAUUCUCCCCUCUAUAAACAGAUUGCUGAGGCAGUUAACCGUGGGAAGCUUGUUCCUGAGAGCAUAAUUUUUGGCUUGCUGUUAAAAAGACUCGAAGAUGGACAUUACAGAGGUGAAAAUGGGUUUAUUUUGGAUGGCAUUCCUCGAACACGCCUUCAGGCUGAGAUCCUUGACCAACUAGUUGAUAUCGACCUAGUUGUGAAUUUUAAAUGCUCCGAAGACCAUCUUAAAUCAGCUGGUUCUCCUGCUGAUUCUACUGUACCUCGUGAAAGAACCAAAUCCAGUUUCUCAAAUUUUAACAAGGAUACUGAAGAUUCUCAGCCAAAGGUCUCUGCAUUCUACAGAGAGCAGAUGCAAUAUCUGGAGGACUACUACCAGAGCCAGAAGAAGCUUAUUGACUUUCAAGUGGGAAAGGCACCAGGAGAAACUUGGAAAGGACUACUAGCUGCACUGCAUCUGCCGCAUACCAAUGCUGUUCAUUCUUCAAGAACACUGACUAUGGGUUUCAGAGUACCUUGAAUAUUUGAGACUUUAAGCUCUGCUGCAACUUUUGUAAAUAUGAUGAUUAUAGCCUCUAAAGCCUCUAUUUCGAAGCUAAGAAAGUAAGAAGCAGUAUAGAAACUAACUAUGUUUCUCAUUUUGACUAGAUACUGGUUGCGAAUAGUCAUUAAUUUUGAUAGUGGAUAGGCAUUGUUUAAAAAAAAACCCAAAGGAAAAAAUUAUGUGCGUAGAUGGCUAAAUGUACAUGCUUUAAAGCAGUUCCAGUUUCUCUCUUAUAUUACAUACUCGAGAUCACAUAA